AUGCGUUGUAUAAAGCGCUAUGGACUUGCAUGUGUUGCUAUCUUUUUGUUGAUUCUCUACAUCAACCAUCAGGCCCAGUACGCUUUAUCCAACGAUGAACACGGCGAAAACCACCGGAAACGGCGCUCACGCGACUACAAUGAGCCUAAUAUUUCCUACGACGAUGAGGAAAAUGGUGUCGGAGCUUUUGACGAGGUGGAAACGGUGAAUCGCGUGCUGGACUCGCGCCAGUGCCGCAUGGAAAACUGCUUCAACGACGCAAAUUGUAAAAAGCACGGUUUCAAGGUUUACAUUUAUCCACGUAAAGAAGAAUACGGCACGCUCUCGGCUAACUACCUGAAGAUAUUGAACUCGAUUAAACGGACGCCUUAUUACACAGAAAAUAUCAGUGAAGCCUGUAUAAAGAUCUUAUCUGUGGAUUCGAUUGACCGAGAUCCUCUAUCGAAAGAACGCUACGUAAAAAACUUCGCUGGGCGACUGUCCCAAAUACCGACGUGGAACAAUGGAGAGAACCACCUCGUCUUCAACCUGUACUCUGGCACCUGGCCAGAUUAUCUCGAGGACCUCGGGUUUGACCUUGGGCACGCGAUGCUAGCCAAGGCGUCGAUUUCGUAUCAGAAGUACCGCAGUGGAUUUGACGUGUCGUUGCCGCUCUGGGGCGAGACCCACCCCGCCAAGGGAAAGCACUACGCCGAGAGCGCAAUUGCAAAGUGGCCUUCUUUCGGCGCGCAUCUCAUGUCGUUCAAAGGAAAGCGAUAUCUCAAUGGAAUCGGCUCAGUUACUCGUAACUCUCUUUAUCACCUCCACGAUGGCUCGAGAAGCGUAAUGCUGACAACUUGCCGUCACGGAAAAGAUUGGGAGAAACUCUGCCCUAAUCGAGAAUGCCUCGAUAAAUGUGCCGCUGAUAACGAAGAGUACGAUCGGUGGGAUUACAUCUCACUACUCAAAAAUUCCACGUUCUGUCUCGUUCCCAGAGGUCGAAGAUUGGGAAGCUUCCGCUUUAUCGAAACGCUUCAGCAAGCUUGUGUCCCUGUUGUUUUAGCCGAUGAUUGGGUUCUUCCAUUCAGUGAAGUCAUUGACUGGGAGCGCUCCACAAUCAACUGGGACGAAAAACUUCUACUGGAGCUUGGACAGCACCUGGAGGACGUCUCCCCAGCCAACGUGCUCAGAAUGCGCCAAGAAGGAGCCAAUUUGUACAGUACUUAUUUCAGUUCCGUCGACCAGAUUGUUAAAACGACACUGGAGAUCAUCCGUCAGCGCAUCUUUCCUGAAGCAAGUGCGCCCCAAUUCGUCUGGAACUCGACACCCGGCGCGCUCAGUUUAGUUCCAAAUCUACGCCCAAGCAAUACACCGUUUUACAUUGAGAAGAAGGAGCACUCGCUCGAUACAAAAUUCACUGCCCUUAUUCACACCGUACAGACUGUGCCUUCUUCCGCCGCGCCUAUUAUCAAGCUGAUCAAAAAUCUUUGGAAAACUGAAUCUUGCGGGCAAGUAAUCGUCCUUUGGGCUUGCGAACAUCCUCCACCAGUCGAUUCCCGCUGGCCUCCUCCCCCGAAGGGGAAAAGUUUUUUGCUGCUAAGAGAAGAUGAACUAAAAGUGUCGAACAGACUCUUCCCCUACGAUCAAAUUGAGUAUGAUGCCGUCUUGUCUCUCGAUAACGAUGUUUCCUUGCAUCCAGAAGAAAUAGCUUUUGCAUUCUCCACCUGGUUAUCGUUUCCAGAGCGCAUUGUUGGCUUUCCGUCGCGGAGACAUUACAAUCGGUCUUCAAGCAAGACGACUCCGUGGCGAUAUACUUCGCAAUGGGGCAAUCAUUACAGCAUCGUUCUUACUGGCGCUGCUAUCAUUCACAAGUACUACUUCCACCUGUUCCAAAGUCUUCCAUCCACCAUGCUAAAGAAAGUAAAUGACUACAGCAACUGCGAGGACAUCUUAAUGAACUUCAUGGUUUCCGACAUAUCCGGCCAGCCACCUGUCAAAGUUACUCAAAAGAAGCAAUACAUGACAAAAACCGACUCGACCGAGCCUCAGCCCGUCGUUGGGAAGCUCGCGAGUCGGUGGGAGAAUAACGCGCAUUUUACGGAGCGUCAGCAGUGUAUGAACUUCUUUGUCGACGAGUAUGGAACUGUGCCGCUGAUAGAUACAGAGGUUCGAUUUGACCCGCUUCUUUUCCGUGACGAUGUUGCGCGGAUGAGAAAGAAAUAUCCAAAUGUUGAUACCGUGGAGACAUAG